AUUAUCACUUAGAUCAGGUCAAAAAAUUUUAGGGUUUAGAACGACAGCCAAAUAAAGCUCAAACAAAAGAGUGCAGCCUAAUUUCUUUAGCCGACUCUCUCUCUGUGUUCGCCUUAGUUCUUUGGCUCAAUUUCCGGAUACCCCUUCGGCGAAUAUCGAAUCAGGUUGACGCUUUCACUUUGAAACGGUGUGUCUCGAAUCGAGUAUUUACUGUUUCUUUGGCAUGUUUUUUGUGUUGAUGGUCUAGCAUGUCUAACGAUCUAGCAUCAGAAUCGCUGUCUAUGCCAAGCAACCAAAUGGGUCAGCUGGAACCCAUUUCAAACAAAUUGGAGUCAUCCAUUCAAAUGGGAUUAAUGGGAUCAGGUACCGGUGGUUCACUACAGCAGGUGUCAGUGACAAACAUGCAAUUCGGACCAGUGGCACCUGGUUACAGUGUUUCUGCAUCACAACAAAAGCCUGUUUCAAAUAUGCAAAUGGGGAUGUUGCUGCCUAUGUCGAACAAUCCUGGGUCUGAGAUAUUGCCAGUGUCAAACCAACAGACUUUUCAAAUGGAACCCCAAGCAUAUAAUCUGGUGCAACAGCAGUUUUUUCUACCAGACAAGCAAAUGGGCGGGCUUGGAACAAUGUCAAAUAGUUUGGCUUCACAGCAGUUUUCAUCAUUGAACAAGAGAAAAGCGCCAAUGGAGCCGGUGUCCAACAAUUCUCUGUCACCGAAGCCAUUAAUGUCUAAUAAGCGGGUGGCACAACCGGAGCAUAGGCCAUGGUUGCAGCAAACAUCUGGACCUGAUAGAAGAGUUGUACAGCAGAUGCAAUUCAUGCCUAACUCUCCAGGAUCACAGAAUUCACCAACUCUAAACAAGAAAGUAGUACCGAAGGAGUCUGCUACUAGUAAACCUGGGCCACGAAAGCAAUCCAUCCCAAAAAGUCAGAAUACACCUUUACAACCAUCGUCAAAGUUGAGAACUGAGUCAUUUGAAUCUGUGAGGUCGAAGAUGAGGGAAUCAUUAGCAUCUGCACUGGCCUUGGUUUCUCAGCUGCAAGAUAAAUCACUGAAGGAAGAAAAGAAUGGUCAGAAUGAAGCUGAAAAUAUCCUGAGAAAGACGGAAGAGAAUUCUCAAACUGCUGGAUCUUCACCUACCGCUUCAUGUGCUGUUGAGCCUGUAUCUGAAGAGCGCAAGGAAACAUUACCUUCUCAAGAAGGUUCCUCUGCUCCUCUGUGCUUUGAUAACCAAAAUGCAUCUCAGGGGUACUUUGCUAAUGAAAACAUCACUAAUAGUUCACAGAUGUCAAAAUCCAACGGGCAAGAAUUUCAAUAUGGUAAUUUUUUGCCUGAUGAGGAUGUUCCAUUUAGUGACAACUUUUUUGCCAGAGAUGAACUUUUGCAGGGAAAUGGGCUCUCUUGGGUUUUGGAACCAAUAGAGGUUUCAGUAAAGAAGGAGGUUCCAGCUGCAGUAAAGCAAGAAUCAGGAAAUGAGCAAGUAGGUGGAGAUAGAUAUGGGGGACAACGACAGUCAGAUCAAUCUCCCCAAAUUUUGGCUUCUAAAAUUGAAGCUGAACUUUUUAAACUAUUUGGAGGUGUGAAUAAGAAGUAUAAAGAGAAGGGCAGAUCUCUUUUAUUCAAUUUAAAGGAUCCUAAUAAUCCUGACCUGAGGGAAAAAGUUAUGUCUGGAGAGAUUCCCCCGGAACGCUUAUGUGCUAUGUCAGCGGAGGAACUUGCCUCAAAGGAGCUUUCAGAAUGGCGGAUGGCAAAAGCAGAAGAGUUUGCCCAAAUGGUUUUUUUGCCUGAUGAAGAUGAUACUAGGCGGUUGGUGAAGAAAACACAUAAGGGUGAGGUCCAAGUCGAAGUUGAACAAGUUGAUGCUGCUUCUGCAGAUGUAUCUGUUGGGGCGAGCUCACUUGCUCAAGUUUUGUCAAAAGCCAAAAAGAAAGAAGUCUCUUCUCCUUCUAAAGCUGUUGGAAUGAAGGAUGGAUCAAAUACAGCAGCAGCUGACAAAAAGAGUAAUCUUGAAGACCAGGAACGUCCAUGCUCUGUUGCUAGUCCAUCAAAUGAGGGGACUGAUUUGAUGGAAGGGCUUAUGGUGGAUAAUGAAUUGAAGGAUGCUGAAUUUCUUCCUCCAAUCGUCUCUCUUGAUGAAUUUAUGGAAUCACUGAACACGGAACCACCAUUUGAAAAUUUACCAGUGGAUGCUGAGAAACCUGCAGGCACAUCGGACAAGGAUGACUCAGAAGUUGGUUCUGAAUCAAAGUCUCCUGUUCAAACUCCAGCAGAUCCUGUUGAUACUAGACCAGCUAAACCUGACAAUGUUGAUUUAAAAAGCAGAGAAUCAGAGGCUGAUGCAAAGCCUAGUGACAGCCCUGUAAAAUCAGAAACUGCACCUUCUACUUUUGUACCCAAGGGUGAGCUUGUGUGGGAUGGCUUACUUCAGCUGAAUAUAUCAGCCAUGGCCUCAGUCAUAGGCAUCUAUAAAAGUGGUGAAAAAACUUCUGGCAAGGGGUGGGCUAACUUCCUUGAGAUCAAGGGGAGAGUUAGACUUGAAGCAUUUGAGAAAUUCCUCCAAGAGCUUCCAAUGUCACGGAGUCGGGCAGUAAUGAUCCUUCACUUAGUUGAGAAGGAAGCUUCCCGGAAAGGCGAACAUGCAAGUCUCUCUGAGGUGGCUGAUUCGUAUGUUUUAGAUGGGAGAGUGGGUUUUGCUGAGCCUGCCCCUGGAAUUGAACUUUAUUUUUGUCCACCCCACAUUAAAACACGUGAAAUGGUCAGCAAAAUCCUCCCUAACGACCAACUUGAGGCAAUUAAUGCUAUUGAUAAUGGUCUAAUUGGUGUUGUUGUAUGGAGAAAAGCACAAUUAACUUCAACAAUAUCACCCAACUCUGCUUCACACCAUAAGCACCCCUCUAAGAAACACUUCAGUUCUAGGAGACACCAAGAUAAGAAUACAAAUAUGAAUGUGAAUAUCACUCCAAGUCCAAAACCUUCUUCUAUGUCUCAGGCUAGACCACCCUCUGUCUAUGCUAAAUCCUCCAAUGAUGAUGAUGACGAUGAUGAUGAUGUUCCUCCUGGUUUUGGCCCUCCGUCUGGCCGUGACGAUGAUGACCUUCCUGAGUUUAAUUUUUCUGGUGGUUCUGCCCCAAAACCCUCUCGGUGUGUUGGAAUGACACAUUUUCACCCACAUACCCAGACCCCAUCACGUCCUGUAGAUCAAAUGAGGGAACUUAUUCAAAAAUAUGGACAACCCCAAGGUUCUCCCACUGUAGACAGAAGAGGUGUUGGGGUUGGAAUUCAGGCAUGGAAUAAUGACGACGAUGAUGACAUUCCAGAGUGGCAGCCACAGGCUCCACAAAACCAGCCUACUCACCACCCAGUACAUGCCUAUCAGCGAACCAACAUGGAUAAUCAACAACUACAUUAUGGAUCACCGCAAUUGCAUUCUCACCAACAAUACCGUCAGCCAAAUGUGCCCCAAAUGAAUGUAAUGCAAUCUCAACAAAAUGCUUCCCAUUUAUGGGCGCAUGGUCAAUUUGCGGUUCCGCCACCAGCGGCCCAGCCUAGUGGAGUGCAAUUAUAUGGAGCCGGCCAGCCUGGGCUGUCCUGGCGGCAAGAUGCUCCCAAGAGUAGGGGCUUUUGAAUAAUUUCUUGUGUAAAUUUUAAUUUUGUAACCGCUAGUUGUGGAAAUGUAGUCUCUUUAGUUUUAUAGCUAAA